ACGGUGUUAGUCAGCAAUUAUGGUAAUCCGGCUUAGUCCAAAAGAGACCGCGCAGUGUAUUGCACGCAACGAACGAUGCAUUUCUCGGUUAGUGAUAGUAGUAUUGUGGGAAAGUUGAAUACUGUGAUCCGUACCGUGUACCGCAAUGCAGUUUACGUUGGUUAUCGUUGUAAACAAAGUUAAACUAUGUCCGCUUACCGAGGAACUACCGCUCAAACAAAUAGAUGAACAUCGAUCAGCCGGUGGUAGCUGGGAGGAGCCAGUGAGCGCGGUGCGGAACGCGCCGCUCCGUCGCUCACAACGCCUCAACAGCACUCUGGACUCCCGGAGUACUGGCCAGCUACGUAACACACUGAGCCGAGCGCGCGAGCUGUGCGAACGAUGGCGGAGCGGCGGCAGCACGCCGUCGCCGCCGACGCCGACGCCCGAGGACGAGGGCGGAGGCCGGCUCGCGCGCUGGUUCAGCGUGCGCCGCGGCUCCGCGCACCAGUACGACAUGCAUACGCACGAAACCGACAAGAUGCCCAAGUUGCCGGAGCUAGAGGAGGACAUGUUCUCGUGCGGCGGCGAGGUGCGAGGCGGUCGCACGCCGCCGCCGUCCCUCGGCCCGCCGCCGGACGCGCUCAGCCCGGUGCAGUUGCGGCGCCGGCACGUUGUCGCCGCGAUUAUACACAGCGAGAACUCGUACGUGGCUACGCUGCAGCGGCUCAUCAAUGACUACAAGAAACCACUGGAAGAGAGCAGCCCAGCAAUCUUAAACGCCAGCAAGAUACAGACGUUGUUUCACAGGCUGCCGGACAUCCUGCAGUGCCACUUGCACUUUCGCACCGCGCUCGCCGACUGCGCUAGAACGUGGGACCGCGAUGAAAAGAUUGGCGAGGUCUUCCUGAACGCGUUUUCUAAAGCGGUGGUGCUCGACGUAUACUCGGAUUUCAUCAACAACUUCUCGGUCGCAAUGGAGCUGGCCAAGAUGGAGUCGAAACGCAAGUCGGCGCUGGCUGACUUCUUCAAAGUGAAACAGAUCAGUGCGCAUGACAGACUGUCCUUCUUUGGGCUGAUGGUGAAACCGGUGCAACGGUUUCCGCAGUUUAUUAUGUUUUUACAGGAUCUCUUAAAACAUACGCCUCCGGGCCACGUGGACCGUGUUGCUUUACAACGCGCCCUCACCCGACUCGAGGCGUUGGCCGACGCCCUCAAUGAGAGGAAACGGGACGCAGAGAGGACGCAGGCGUUCCGCGGUGCGCUCCGGCGGCUGACGCGCGGCGGCAUGACGGGCGCGGGCGGCGCGGGCGGCGCGGCCCGCUUCGGCGCCGCGCGGCUGCUCGCUUCGCGCGCGGACCGCAGGCACCUGUUGCGGCAGGACGACUUGUUGCAAUUGGAGUUCAACCAAUCGGGCACGCUGACGAAGUGCAAGCCGCGGCGGCUGCUGCUGCUCAACGACCUGGUGGUGUGCGUGUCGGUGGGCGCGGGCGGCGAGGAGGCGGAGCGGCUCGGCCUCAAGUGGGCGCACCCCGUGCAGGACGUGGACGUGCUCGACACCGGCACCUCGCCCACGCUCAGCCGGGUGCUCGCGCAGGGUAUGAACCGGAGCGGAAGCCUACGUUCAAACUCGAGCAGUAGCACGUCCACUGGAGACUCCCUUUGCAAUGAGAUGUCCGCGUUGAUGCACGACUAUGAAACUGUAUCGAGGAUGGCUGACCUGGCCGCCUCGUUAAAGACACCCUAUUCGGAAGUCGCCCCAGAAGUGUUUAGGGCACUGUUGCAGAAUAUACAGAGGAGUAUACAGAAAAAAGACGACGAAAUGGCGUGGGUCGAUUCCUGCUGUCUACAACUGACGAUCCGCGGUCGCGAAGAGCCGCUAACGUUCCGUGCGAACGAGCCGGGCGCGAGGCGCGCGUGGGCCACGGAGCUGCGGCUGGCGCAGCUGGCGCAGGCGCGCGCCAACUGCCCCGCGUGGCGCCUGCCCGCCACCACGCCGCCGCCGCACAAGAUGCCGCUGUACGUGACCGCCGCGCCGGUCUACUCGUCGAACAACUUGACGGAGGUGAAGUGCGGGUGCUUCUACACGUCGAGCGGGUGCGCGGGCGGCGGCGUGCGGCGGCGCGCGCGCUCGCUGCUGUGGGUGUGCGCGGGCGGCGCGCAGCACACGCACCUCGCCGUGCUCACGCACAGGGCGGCCACGCUCAAGACGCUCGUCACGCUCGACCUGCCGGAUACUAGGGUAACAUCAAUUGAAUAUGCAAAAGGAAUGAGACAAGUGACCACACUGUGCGGCGACACAGUGUGGCUAGGCACUGAAGACAAGAAAAUCAUCAUAUUCUCUGGCGUCGAGCCGGAGAAGCAAGAGAAGUUGACCGAAGUUCCCACUAUAGCUGCUGUUACGCAAAUUAAAUUCCACUGCGACUCCAUGUUCGUCGGUUUGUCCAACGGUAGAAUAUCAGUUUUUAGAAGAAAUCAUGACGAUUCCUGGGCCCUACAGGAGCCUAUAGCGAUUGAACUCGGUGACAAACCUGUACAUUGUAUAUUACCCGUCGAUGGUAUUAUUUACGCGACGUGUGCGAAACGAGUGUUCGCCAUAAACGCUUUGACUGCUGAAAUUAUGCGUAUCUUAGAAUUAAAGGGCGAGGGAGAUAGAUCAGUGAAAUAUUUGGCGCAUUCCGGCGUCGGCCUCUGGGCGGCUUUCUCAGAAUCGACAUACGUAAGCUUGUAUCAUACCGAAACGUUUGAGCACUUACAAAAUAUCGACAUAGCCGCUGAUGUGGCGAAAACUAUUGGUGCUAGAGAAGGAAGCAAGCCAGCUCACGUUUCAGCCUUGUUGGCUGUUCAAGGCCUCCUAUGGGUCGGUACAACGGCUGGGGUUAGUGUUACUGUACCGUUACCGAAACUAGAAGGCCUGCCUCUCAUUGGUGGACACAUUGCCGUGUCCUACCACGCUCACGCUGGCCCCGUUACAUUCCUGCUACCCUUAAACACUGAGACUAAAGAUGUUGAUGUCAACACUGUUAGACGUAAUUUAUCGAACGCACGCGCACUCGCCGACACGGCCAACGAAUUCAAAGAAGAGGAAAGCAAAGAUGACACCGAAAAACACAAAUUAGAACGACGGAUAUCAGAAGAAAUGAGUCCAUACAGACCGCAGCGAGUGCAAUCAGCUGUGAUAAGAAGGAAGAAACCUGGAGACGUGCGUCUAAGCAAAACUCUACCUAAGUGCGCUAAUUUGAACGCGUGUGAUGUUUAUGGACUAUUUGGCGAUCUAAUGUUUGUAAAGGACUGUGUCGGAGAAAGUGACGUCAAUGGCUCCGGCGGCGAAGCGUUACGGCGGAGUGACCCAGAAUUAGCAGCUAUCCCAUUCCGUGUCAGCACUCUAGAUAGAAGGCUACGCAUGCGUGCUGGAAGACCUAGAAGUCUAGAUCUGUCGAGCUGGUCUGUCGAUUCACGCGCUUCAAGUCUAUGCACGUCAUCUGGAAGCGAAGAAUCCAUGGCACUGCGUGGUGUAUCGCGAACUAGUUCAGGCGCGUCAGGAGCAGCGAGUUUAGCUCCCUUAGCCGCUUCCACACCCGAUUCGUCGUCAGGCAAAUCGAGCGCUUCAGAACGUUCCGUAUCACGAAGCGAUUCAGCGACCGCUCCUGCGAAUGACGCUAGAGGUCCCAAGAAAAAUGCCGUCAGAAGUCUCCGAGGGGCAGAUUACAUAGUGGGCGAUGGCGCGUCGAGAAGGUCCGUAGUGACGAUAAUGGGUGGGCGUGGCUACGUGGACUGGCGGCAAACCGCUGACGCUUCAGAGAGGCCGGCCCCUGCCGCCGAUCCCAAUCCCAAAGACGCGCAUCUUAUACUAUGGGAGAUGCGCUUGUGACCUCCCUGGAGGAAUCUCUAAACGUAUCAAAUAUUCGGUGUCAUAUAGUGUAAAUAAAGGUGCAUGUUGUAGAUAGGUGUACAUUCGUUAUGGUGUCUAAUAUAUUGUAAUAUAUCUAAUAUCCUCACUGUUAACGCUUGGCAAAUAAGCGGCUUCAGUUCCAGUUUGAUACAAAUGCUGAUGAGAAAUUUAAUUACACACAGUGUAAUUGCGUUUGUGAUAAGCUUUAAAUUAUUUUUCGAAGUUGUCGUUUGAAUGUUAGAAAAUGUUAUAAUAUUUACAGUUAUUCGAUUAUAUACGCGCAGGUGCAUUAUUUUUUGUGAUCUUUAUAUUGAUACGUUAUAUAAUAUUGUGAAGCAUUUCGUGUUUUCUAUGAAAAAUGUAUGUACCUCUUGCAAACCGGUUUCACGUUAUGUUGUAUUCAUUCAAUUUAUCUAAGCUCUUGAUUUCCAAAAUGUUAAAACAGCCAUAUUAACAUAAUAUAAUUUUGUAUUGUUAAUUUUUAAAGUAUAAUUGUAAAUCUUGGUUAAAAUAACAUUUUAUAUUGUUUAAGUAUCAUCUGUUAAUCUACUAUGGAUGUCUGUUUGAUAUCGUUUAUUUUCAUUUUGUACAGACAUACACAAAUAAAUAUUAUGUACCUAGAUGGCAUAUAAAUUUAUUGUGAAAUAUUAAAGCUAAAUUACAAAUGCCAAUAUUAUUGACGACAUAUCCGAAAUAUUUUUCUGUAACAACAAUAUAUAAUAUGUUUAAUUCGAAAUUUAAAAUAUAAAAUAAAUUAUAUUCUAGAAAUUUCUAUAGACUUAAAAAUAAUAUUUGAACACAGUCCAUAGUAGACGUACUAACGAAAACUAGUGGCCUUACGUUGCUGAACUUUCCAGUGUGAUUAUGGCAUUCGUUUAAGCUUUAUGGUUAGACAUUAUGUCGCUUUAAGAAUUAGACUGAUUUUACAUUAAGCGUUUAAAUUGUAUAAUUAGUUACGUAACGAAUAAGACGAAAUAUACGACAAAUACGAUCGAAACUCCAAAACUCAUUUGUGACUGAGCACAAAAACCUUUUAUCCGUUUUUUUCUAAUCUGUUGCGCCAAUAUCAGUUACUUUACAAAUUAUCGUAAAAUAUAUAAAAGUCACAAUAGAAAAUUUAUUGUAGUUUUGCUAUCAAAAUAUGUUCAUGAUCUUUUAUAAUAUAGACACUUGCACAAUUGUUUCUAUUAUCUUCUAAUUUCCAAAGAAAUACCAAUAUAAUUUCAUUGUUAAAUACCAAAAGCAAAAAUUCCGUGCCAAACUCCAUCCCGUUAUAUAAGAUAUGUUAAACCGUACAAAUUAUCAGUUUAUAUUUAUAUUUUCUAUGCAAUGUAUUCACAUAUGUCUCGAAUGUUACUCAGAACCUCAUGUUAUAAAUUGUUUUUAUGCAAACCGUCACAAAAUGUAUGUGUUAAGGUGUAAAUAAAUUUUAAGUUUAUAUGUAUACACCUGUA